CUGUCAUGUUAAUGCUCGAAACUGCUUCCAAGCAUCCAAGGGGCAUCAGCUCAAAGAUUUGCCUACGCCCAGUUGACGACGUGCCAGCAUACCAUCAUGUACAGCCAGCAACGAUCAUCUUCUCUGCCGACCAUGUUGCCCCAGUCCAUGGAGUUCGAGCCCGAGCCCGAGUACAUUGAUGAGCGCCGGUGGGAACGCAUUGAGACACUCGGCGAUGGAUACAGCCCGCGGACAGGUCACACGGUUGUGUCGCACAAUGCCACGUUGUAUGUGUUUGGCGGAACCGACCGACGGCGUCGCCAGCAAGAUUUGUUCCAGUUUGACAUUGAAUCCUGUGCAUGGUCUCAAGUGGACGUCCACGGCACGCUGCCGCCUCGGCGAUCCGGCGCAUUAGGUGUCGUCCACGAGAACCACAUGUACAUCUUUGGUGGAUACGACGGGCGCGACGGCAACUACUUUAACGACCUCUUCUACUUCAACUUUGACACGCGGCGGUGGAGCGAAAUACCGAGCUCCUCGUCCGUCGUGCGGCCGGAAUCUCGAACGGAUCACAUCAUGGUGUUGCAUGACGCGAACAUCUACAUCUUUGGCGGGUACAACGGCUCGUCUCGGUUCAACAACAUGUACCGGUACGAGAUCCCAGCCAAGUCGUGGCGCAAGGUCGACGCCGUCGGCAGUCUCCCGAGCGGGCGGUUCGGCCACACCGGCGCCGUGCAUGAGUCAUCGCAUCGGUUGAUUGUGUUUGGCGGGUGGGACGGCCGGGACACACUGGACGACCUGCAUCAGUACGAGUUUGCCACCAACACAUGGAGUCCGAUGGUCACGAGUGGCCGCGCGCCGCCGCAUCGGUAUCGCCACACGGCUGUGAUCUUCGACACGAGCAUGUUUGUGUUUGGCGGCGUCGACAAAGCCCAUAGCCGGUUCAACGACCUCCAGCGCCUCGACAUGACCACCAACACGUGGACCGAGGUGCACACGACAGGGUUCGUCCCGUCCAGCCGCACGUUCCAUCGCGCGGUCGUGGUCCUCAACCGCAUGUACCUCCUCGGCGGGUACGACGGCACCGACCGGCUUCAUGACUUGUACUCGAUCCACGUCGGUCCUCUGUCUCCGCCGUCGCUCCUCGCGCUCUGUGCAUCGUACGCGCGACGGAAUGUCGACGAUAUCCUGGCGUACACGUCGUUCAAAGGCGUGCCACAAUGUAGGUGCAUCUUUGACGACUGUAUGUAUUUUGAAAAUCGAUGUUUCGAAAAUAUAAAUUGUGGAAGGUGCAGGGAAGUUCUUUUGGCAGAAUGUUGUUUGUUUUGUGGACGUUGUAGUUGAAGGCUGAUGAUGAAUGAUUGUAUUGACUUUGGAAUUGUAUGCUAACAGGUGGAACGAAAAAAAUGGUCAUGAUGAGUUGUCCAUUUAUUGUAGUGGUGUUGGAUGACGUGAUCUUUCAACGCGACGGCGACAACGUGUUGCGUGGGAAAUGCGCGCAGUGUCGAGACGGCCGGUGCAGUGUGUACAAAUUGUCGCGGGCCGCUAGCUCGACGGACGCCGCGAAUCCGACGCCCGCAGGUCCUCCGCCGCUCCAUCAAGGCCGCGCGGCGAUGGCGCAUGCCAAUUCCGCCGUGACGAAUCACCACAUGACACUGCAAACUCAGGGAGACAAACCAGGCCGAGCCGCGUGUGUGUGUGGUCACGGGACGGCCCACCACGAGCGCAUCGACGAGCGGAAGCUGAUUGGCGAGCCGUGCAACGCGCGCAUGAUGGUAGGCGGUGCCAUGGGUGGCCCUGGGGGUGCCACGUCAUCCACGUCCAAAGGCAAAGUGUACUUGCUCUACAGCUUGUACAAACGCAUCUUUGACGGCGGCCCGGCCGACGACAGUCCCGACCACGAAAUCGCCGAUGCUUGAUAGGGAUACUAGUGAUGUGUAGUAGUAGUAUUCAAUGGACGUAACUUGUGAUGGCUGAUGACUUGUCAAGGUUGAAAUGGAAUCAUAAAUGCAGUACUACUAGUAAUACUAAUAGCUAACAGAAAUACCCC